AUGUACACGGUUGCUGAUAUGCAAAACUUUAUAACACUUCAACAUCGUGCUCAACUGGUGUCGAAAAAAUUCAGGUCUGCGAGAGAUGAAAUAGUGAUAAUUUGCAACCUUGGUCCAACACAAAUCACCCAGAUCCCAAAGAUCCUGCUAAGUGGUAGAAUCAACGACGAGUACAAAAACGUGACACCAGACAGGGGAGAUGCGCAAGCAGCCCAGACAAAAGCCGAAAAAGAUGCCAUUCGCGAGGCCAACAUCAAAGCUGCUAUCCAAGCUGUUAGAGAGAAGAGGGCUAAAAACCUCUCAGCUGCAGCUGGCCAGUUCAACGUGCCAUACCAUACCCUUCGUCGACGCCCACAAAUUCCAAAGCGAGAUCGGCGAGCAGAACAGGAGCGUUCUCAAGCUGCAUUCACCGGCACAAUCAAGACCAAGAAGCUGGAGGAGCUACGCGACUUAGCCGCAGCCUUGCGGUUACCUGAGACUGGACUCAAGGCUGAGGUGUUCCAGCGGAUUCUCCAGCACUUUGACGGCAACACUGACCUCAAGACAAAUCCACGGUAUGAGGGUUUAUUCAACCCUACCCGUUCUCGCAGGCGCCGUCUCGAUAACGGUGAUAACACUGCGGAAUUACCGCAGGACGCGAUUCCCCCAUCAAAUCCAGUUCGCGAGCCGUUCGGAUACCAACCUCAGCCUGCACCUCAACCCUCGAUGUCGAGAAACGAAUUUCCCCCACCUGGGUAUGCACCCCUACAUUAUCCAAUGCAGCAUCCUGCACCUCAGCCUCAACAUAUUUCGCACCCUCACUUUGCACCGGCGAGUCGCAGUAGCGCAGAUUUCCGAGUUGGUGAUAUGGUGCAGACUCAGCACAGCCUUUCGCGAUCCACAACGCUUCAAGAAGUUCAAAGUUUCAAGCCUGCGCUCGGAGAGUGA